AGAGGAAAAAAUGAGUUGUACCAGGUAGACAUUUCUGGGUGCAGUAACUCUCUGGAAUUUACUGAGGAGGAACUCAAGAGGUUAAAAGUUGGUCCUACUUUUCACAUUCAAGGACUAAGCAACAGCAUAUGGAAAAUUUCAGGGACUGAAAGUGGGUGAGUGGAAAAUACAUGGACGAAGUUGCAAUGUCAGCAUACUACAGGGACUGAAAGUGCCAAAAUUGUAUCUGUUAUCAAAGAAAAAUACAAGCCCAAGAUCCUGUUUCCUAAGAUAUAAGAGCAAUAUAAUCUUAAGCACUGCAGGUUUCCUAAGAUAUGGCAAAGAGAAAGCUCAAAGUAUGCUCUGUUGAGGAUGAUCAAGGGCAGCCUAGAGAGGAACCAUCCACACAACAUCCUACACAGCCUCAAGUAUCCUUAUCAUCUCAUCAACCAAAUGCAACUUCACAUAUAGCAGUUGAUGAUGUAGACCAAAUUGUUGAUACUGAAGUUGAGAUUUGUGUGGAAGAUAGUUCAGGUUCACGUAAAACACGAGGUGUUACUCGUAUGUCCGACGUAUGGAAUUUGCCACCUGAAAUGCGCAUUUUUGUAAAGUUUAACAGCUUCUAUCAGCCUGUUGAUACAGAAGGAAGUGUUCUUCAUCGGUUUAUGGGCACUAUAGUCAGAAAGCCAAACUUGCUACCAAUUGAUUGCUUCAAUUGGCGUAAAAUGGAUGCCAAAUAUAAGGAGUACUGUUGGAAGAUUCUUGAGUCAAAAUUUUCAUUCCCUAAAGACCCAAGAGAUUCGAGGACGAGCGAAAUGAUUCAACGCAUCACAAUGAAAAAACUAGGAGAUCUUUGGAGAAACUUUAAGUGUGAGCUGAAAUCAAAGUAUUUUGAUGAAUCAUUACAGAAAAAUGCCAUUUUGAUGAAGGCACCGGCCUCGGUUAAUCGUGCGCAAUUUAAUAACCUUGUUGAUUUUUGGUUCUCCAACGAAGGGAAGGAACGAAGUAGAAAGAAUCGACAUAACAGGGAUCAGCAAAUGGACUUUUAUGCAGCUGGUUCAAAAUCGAUAGCGCAAUAUGCAUAUAAUAUGGAGAAAAAUGGAGUAGUUCCAACAAGAGGAAAGCUAUAUGUGGUGCAUCACAAAAAGAAAAAUGGAGAACCUGUUACAGAAUUAGCAAAAAACAGAAUUGAAAAGCUGGAGCCACUCAACCAAAAAGAAGUAGAUGUCUCACAAACUGGUAGCUCAAGAGGAAGCUUAAUGUGGGCAGCUACUGAUGCUUAUGCCGAAGUGAUAGGCAAAGAACGGCAUGGCCGUGUUCGUGGUGUAGGAUUCGGCCCAACUCCUUCUAUGUUAGGUGCCUCAUCAAUCAACACAUCUCAGCGGCUAAGGAUGGUUCCGGAAGAAGAAAUUUUAAGGGAUAAAGAGGAAAUACGUGAUCUUAAAGACAGAUUAAAAUUCAUAGAGGAGAAAGUGGCAUUCCUUUUGUCCCAACAAUCAAAUAUUUGUUCUUCACAAGUUGAAAAGAUUGCUGAAGAUAUAAUUUUAGAGAGAUCAAGUGCAUCAGAAAAUAGUAGAGAUGGCAAAGGUACAAGUGUAUUGGAGCAGCAAGGAGUUCAAGCUACUGAGGCUGCCCAACCUCGCAAGCGACGUCGCUAUCGUUUGGGGAAAGUACAUGGAUUUAGCUUGGGUGUUAGUACUGAUGACUGUAGGAGGACUUUAAAUUGAGGCUAACUAAGAUUGAAGCAACAAGCAGGAUUUGACGUUCGCAUUUCAAGAACGUUUAGCUGGAGCUUUUCACUUUCCUUUUUCUUAGCUUUCUAACAUUUGGGGUUCAAAUAAAUUUUCUAUUGUAUUGAUUUCUAUUAAAACAUAAAAAUUUGUUUUGUUGCAUUUAAUCACUACUCUAGAUCAUUGCUUAUAGUUUUGUUUCAAAAAUGAUUGUAUCAUCUUAUUGCAAUUUAGUAAUAUGACUCUUAUAUUUUUUUCCGGAUA